GACAUCGGAAGAACGCGCACGGCUCAACCACGGAAGACGAACAGGCGAGUGAGACUGUCGGGGAGAGAGGCGGACUGGUCUGGAUGCCGACGGCAACCGUGCCAUAGUCGUUGAGAGAGACAACGGGAUGCGCGGUUGGGAACGUGGGCUAGUAGGAGAUGAACAGCUGUCCUCCCCAUUGUGUCGCACGGGUGCUCCCCUAGUAAGACAGCCAGCCGAGCCCUCUGUCAGUAGAGAGUCUAGGAGGCGACAGCCGAUUUUCUCUACACCACCACUGUCCUGCCUCGCCUACUCUCAGAAUGAAAUCCCCCGACUUUGGUCAACCCGUAGAAUGACCACACAGACCCACAGCGAUGCUCCUCUUGUUGAAAGCGAAUUCAGAAACACCCCACGGCGUACAGGUCGUCCAAACCUACCCCGCCCCCUGCGGCUGCUUAUCGCUGGGUUCGUUGGGCGCUCAGCUGGGCCCCGCAAUGGACGAUGUCGAGCCAAGGAGGUCGCGACGCGUGCACGUGCAUCCGAGUGUCCACUAGGUCUACAACGCAGCGUCUUGAAGCACUGGGUUACGCGUCCCAAGACAUCGCCUUAACCGUGGACGCAUCGCACUUCCUUUCAGUCCCCGCAGAUUCGUAUCAUCACUCAAUGCAAGCUCCUGGCGCCACAACCCAUCCGGCUCCUCCCCAAGGUCGUUGGCGUGCGCCGCGCCCGGACCGUCAAGUCUGAAUGCGCCGAGGAACUCGGUGGUUCUCAGGCACCUCAGGGCGACGAGCACCG